GAUGUUAUGUCAUGAAAUGUGAUAACGUGUAAAAGGUUAUAAAAAUAUUAUUAAUUAAUACGCUGAAAUAAUGAAGUGUCUUAUUAGCGCUUACGACAAUAUUUCGACCAACGUUCUUCAUUCUUUCAUAUAAUCAAUGCGGAAUUAAAAUAUAAGUCGGAGUUAAAAUAAAGUCAGUGAGAUUUGAGUUGCUAUGCAGCUGUUACAACGAUUAUUGAUAACUGAAUUGUUUAACAUUAAAGGUUAUCUAUAAGUGAUGACGUGUUAUAAAUCAUUAAACAUCACGUGACACAUACAUGUCGAAAUUUAAGCACUCUUGGUGCAUAAAUACAAAUUUAUGAUGUUUAAUACAAGUUAAUUUGUAACUAGCGGAAUAUUUACAGAGCAGAUGUGGUGAUCUGAAAUGGAUAUAUGCGGCCCAUGCAAGUUUAGAAAUGAGGACAAAAAGGCAAUUAAAUAUUGUUUGACAUGUGAGGAAUCACAAUGCAAUACAUGUGCUGAUAUUCAUGCAAGUAGUAAAGCUACCAGAAAACACCUUUUAUUAGCAAUUACCGACUUAAACAAAGCAUCAAAGACUACUGAAGACUUAGAAAAGUUUCAAAACUGCAAUGACCAUACCGACAAGAAAAUUGAGUUUUUCUGCAUAGACCAUGAACAUUUCUUGUGCAGUACUUGUUUACUGAAUAUAAAAGAGCUUAAAUGUAAAACAAUUGUUGAUAUUGAAACUGCGGGUGAUCAUCUCCUUACAACUAGAUUUAACGAAAGAAUAUCAAAAGAUUUAGAAGAUGUUACAAAUUAUUGUAGAGAACAAGGAAACGAAAUCCAGCGCAUGAUAGAAAAAGGUCACCUGAACAAGCAAGAAAUUCAAAAAUAUUUAACUGACCAUAAACAUAAAGUGAUAAAUCAGUUUAAAAAGUGCGAGAAGGAUAUACUAGACAAAGUCGAUACAACUGUAGAGAAGCGUAAUUCAGAGCUGAAAAGUCAACAAACCGUUCUCAAAGAGGCUCGCACAACGGCAUCAGGAAACAGAGAUAUGCUGCACAAAAUUGUUUGUAAUAACUCAAGUGCUGAUAUAUUUCGAUGCUCGUUUUCAAUAUUAGAACAGAUGGAGAGGCUCCCGAUUAACAAAGUGUCUAUGACAACAGAAAUUUUCAAUCAUUCAGUUGAACUAUCGCCUAUAAUGUACGCACUGACAAAGUCCGUUGACAACCAUCCUCUUAUGUAUUGCAAAACAACAACUACAAGUUUAAGUACGCAACAAAAGUUUUUGAAUGUUACAGCAGACAAAGAAAGCUUCCUCAAGACAACUAAACAAGUUGCUCUCACUAGAGAUCAAGAACACUCCAAUGAUUAUACGUGCUCUAGUUCCGACGCAGAUAUAGAAGGUUCUGAUACAAAUUCAAAAGACGUACCUGAAAAAGAUUGUGAAGUAAAGCCAAUGGAAGGUUCAGAUAAAAUAGCUAUCGAAAGCUUGCCAAUAAAUGGAAGUUUAGAUAAGGAAAAACAACCAUGGCUUGUUCAUAUUUCAGAUACUGUUGUAACAACACCUGAUGGUAAACAACCGGAGAUAACAGGUAUCGUCACACUAACAGACGGUUGCAUUGUUUUGUCUGAUAGUAAAUGGUCAAGAUUGUUGCGCUUGAAAAUAAACUUAUCAUAUAAAGACACAGCAGAAAUGCCUUAUCCACCAGGAAACAUGACAGUGCUGAACGAAAAGUUUCUCGUGGUUUGCUUUCCGACUGGAAACCGUGUUGCAUUCGUUUCAGUAUCCUCUGAAUUUAAAUGGAUGAGAAAUUUUAUAACUUCUCAUACUCCAAGGGGCAUUCAUACCAUUGACAAUAGCCGGCUUCUUCUUUCAAUGAAAGAUGAUUCUGAUGAUAAAUGGUAUCUUCAUAUUGUUUCAACAGAUGGGGCGUUGACACGGGACAUUGGGAAAACAAGGUCAAUUCAAGAUGCCUCUCUGAUUUCAUCAAUUAAAUUUAUGGUAUCGUCUCCGAGGUAUUAUCUUCAAUGCUGCACUUUCUCAGAUGCGCUCUAUUGUUAUGAUGUCAAAGGAAAAGUGUCAUUCAAAUAUAGAGUUGGGUCCCCGAAAUACUUAUAUGUUGACAUGUCGGACAGGAUUUUUAUUCUGGAUUCGUUUGGUCAGCUACAUAUUCGUACAAGUAACGGUAAAGUAAUUCAAAGAGUAAAUGUGCCAAAAGAAACGAAUGGAUUGACAUGCAGCAAGACAAAAGACAAGCUUCUAAUAAUCAAACAUUCUACAACCACAAUCAGUGUUUAUCAAAAUCCAAGCUAAGUUAUAAAUGUCUUCGGAUAUGACAAGGAUCGAUUGGCUUAUUAUUAGGAUUUUGUAACAGUUUACAGAUACGAUACAUGUUUUGUCUUGUUAUUUCUGAUCAGUUUUUUUUGGUUAAAAUUUCUGUUUAUUUGCAUUAAAGUUUAUUUUUACGAUAGCUUAAACUGCCGAUAGAAUCAAAAUCGUGAAAGUCCCGAUACAAGGCAUGUAAGAAAAAGUUUGUUAGAUACUUAAGGCUAUGCAACUAUGAAAUGAUAUAAAUUUAUUUUUGUAUUAAAGAAAUACUAAAAACAUUUUCUUGAUAUGCAAUUUGAAUGAAUCUGAUGAAUGCAUGUGUUUUUCGAUUUUUUGUUUAUUUGUGUACUGUUUUACCUUUAAUUGAAGGCAUAUUGUUAAUAUAACCUGUGUUUUUUAAAAUAUGUUUAAGAAAUCUUCAAGAAUUAUUAUUAUUAUUAUCAUUAUUAUUACUAGUAGUAGUAACACUAGCAGUAGCAGCAGCAGCAGUAUUUUCUCAAAACUUGUAAGGUCAUUGUUUGAGACAUGUUUGAAAAUGAAUGUAUCAAAUGGUAAUAAAA